UCGAGCGCAACAUGGCGGCCUCCAUUAGGACACUUGCCCUUAGAACUUUCUGUGAUUCUACGCGAAAUAUUCAGCAUGUUUCAAGGAGUCGAGUCAAACAUUCAUGUUGUCCCGCUUGGGUCACAGUAUGUCGCGGCUACAGCGAUGGAACAGAAGGGAAAAGCACGCACUUUGGUUUCGAAACUGUGCCCGAGGAGGAGAAAGCAGAGAGAGUCUAUAAGGUGUUUGAAAGUGUGGCGGGAAAGUAUGAUGUAAUGAAUGAUGCCAUGAGUUUAGGAAUACACCGCCUCUGGAAAGACUCGCUGUUGCACGUCAUGAACCCUCAACCUGGACUGCGUCUACUGGACACAGCUGGUGGCACUGGUGACAUCUCUUUCCGCUUCCUGGAAUACACAAGAUCAAUGCAUGAACGGCAACAGCGUCAGAAAGCACGGUCCAGUCAAACGCCAUCGUGGAGAGACCUCGCUGAUCACUAUGCAACAAACCAGACAGGUCUUCCACCUUCCCGGGCGGUCGUGUGCGACAUCAACAAAGAAAUGCUUAAAGUUGGUAAACAGAGGGCAGAGAAAGCAGGAAUCAGCACAGGUCUUUCGUGGGUCGUGGGUGACGCAGAAGAACUCCCGUUCGAUGAUGACCAGUUUGACAUAUACACUAUUGCAUUUGGCAUCAGAAACGUCACUCACAUAGAGCAAGUGUUGCAGGAAGCUGUGCGCGUCCUUAAACCAGGCGGACGGUUCUUGUGUCUUGAAUUCAGCAAAGUGUCUAACCCUGUGCUUGCCAGGCUGUAUGAUGCAUAUAGUUUUCAGAUGAUCCCUGUGUUGGGGGAAGUGAUCGCAGGAGACUGGAAAUCAUAUCAGUAUCUGGUGGAAAGCAUCCGGAAAUUUCCAGACCAGGAAACAUUCAAGGAAAUGAUCGAGGAUGCUGGCUUCUUUUGUGUCCAGUACUUCAACUUGACAGGAGGAAUUGUUUCUAUUCAUUCAGGGUUCAAGCUCUGAGUGUCACGUCAGCACAGUUGCCUUUAAAUAAACUCUGACAAGAGACUAAUGUUUUUCUACAUUUCAAAACAGAGCAUCUGAUGAAACUGUGUGGGACAGUGUACAAUCCGGUUUCAUGUGUUUGUUCUGUGCCUGUAUGGAGUGAUGUGAAAAAGAAAACCAUCGACUUGUUCCUUAAAGUGUUGUGGGUUUGAUUAAGGACGUGUUGCGCAAUAACAGCUUAAUUUGUUGGACAGCAGAAGAAGGUGGAGGGUGUGUUUGAUUCGUGGUACUGAAGCAGCACACAUUGAUUUAAUAUGCUGUAAUGGGAUUGACAAAUUCAGCCUGUUUCAUGCUGAUAAUGAAAAGUGAAUCUACACUGACCCGUCGGUUCCCAAUUUAUCCCAAAGAAGUCUUUGGAUUUCCUACACUGUUAUAUCCUCAUAUUGUAUGUUUUCAUGUAGACAUACUGUGGACUUUUGUAAUAAACCAGCAUGGAAGUGUUUACCAAAAUGUUAACAAUGGCGUAUACUUCUGAACAAUAAACAUCUUUCCAUGUACCGUUCUC